AUGUGGGUCUAUCUAAUGCUCUUCUGCCUUAUUUGCUGCACGGUGAAUGGGCAAGUGGUGUAUUCCAUCGUUGAGGAAAUGGAGCGCGGCGUGUCUGUCGGGAACAUAGCGAAGGAUUUAGGAAUAGAUGCAGCUACACUUUCAGCUCGGAAAUUCCGCGUGAUCACCGGUUCAAGUAAGCAAUAUUUUAAUAUCAAUGCAAGCACGGGGGCUCUGUCCGUUAAUGAGCCCAUAGACAGAGAGCAGCUUUGUGAAUUAAAGUCUGUCUGUCUGCUGAAUUAUGAACUUGUGUUAGAAAACCCUCUAGAGCUUUAUAGGAUGGAAUUUAAAGUCUUGGACAAAAAUGACAACUCCCCCAGCUUUCCCUUAAGUGAAUAUCACAUAAACGUGCCUGAGUUCCUGUCACCUGGGGCACGGUUUACACUCCCCACCGCCCAAGAUCUCGAUGAAGGGACCAACAGUGUCCAGAAUUAUACUCUGAGCCCUGAUGAACAUUUCCAUUUGGAAAUGCAGACACGUGGGGAUGGGAGUAAAUAUCCUGAAUUGGUGCUGAAGAAAGCCUUAGAUAGGGAGCAGCAAGCCACCCACAGACUUGUCCUUACAGCCAAAGAUGGUGGGGAUCCUCCAAAGUCCGGUGAUGUCCUGGUCAUUGUGACCGUGCUGGAUACCAAUGACAAUGCACCAGAAUUUGAGCACUCAGUUUACAGGGCGAGUAUCUUGGAAAACUCCCCAAGUGGCACUUUGGUAGUGCAAGUGCAUGCCACGGACUUGGAUGAAGGUCCAAAUGGAGAGAUCAGGUAUUUGUUUAGCAAUACUACUUCUGCUGAUCUACAGCGGAUGUUCUUAAUUCACCCGCACAAUGGGGAGGUGACAGUCAAUGGCGUUUUAGCUGUUCAGAGACCUCUCCUCGAGAUGCUUAUUGAGGCAAGGGAUAACGGGGCAUUUGGCAUGUCCAGCACGGCUAAGUUGCUGGUGGAAAUCACUGAUGUGAACAAUCAUGGUCCAGAGAUAGCAAUUACAUCCCUUUCAAGUCCCAUUCCUGAGGAUGCCGAACCUGGUACAGUGAUUGCUCUGCUGAGUGUUAUGGAUAAGGACCCUGGGGAGAACGGGAAAGUAACCUGCCAGAUCCCUGAUAACCUUCCCUUCCAGUUAAAGCCUUCCCUCGAAAACUACUACAGCCUGGUCACCAGUGGGCUUUUGGACCGAGAGUUGACCAGUGGCUACAAUGUCACCAUUAAUGCCACAGACUUGGGUUCUCCACCCAUCAGCACUCAGAAGACCAUUUGGGUGCAGAUUUCUGAUGUGAAUGAUAACCCCCCCGUCUUCAGUGCGGAUGCAUUUGAUAUGUUUGUGGAGGAGAACAAUCCACCUGGUGCUUUUCUCUACCAAGUCUCAGCGUCUGACCCUGAUAUGGGGGAGAAUGGACGGGUCUCUUACUUGCUCAGGAAUUCCACAGUUGCGGGCAGUGCCCUGGCCAGCUUUUUGUCUGUGAGCUUGGCCAAUGGGAGCAUCUAUGCAACACGUGCCUUUGACUUUGAGCAGCUUAAGAGCUUCCAUUUCCAAGUGGAAGCCAAGGACAAUGGGUCACCGGCCUUGAGUGCUGCCAUAACUGUGCAUGUUUACAUCUCGGACCAGAAUGACAAUGCCCCAGCCAUCCUGUAUCCCACUGGCCAGAAUGGUUCAAUAGCUGUGGAAGUUGUGCCCCGCCUGGCUGAUGAGGACUACCUGGUGACCAAAGUGGUGGCAGAUGAUGAGGACAAUGCAGAGAAUGCCUGGCUCUCCUAUCACCUCAUCCACUCCUCUGACUCCACUCUGUUCCACUUGGCACCACACUCUGGUGAGCUGCGCACCACACGUUCCAUGCGCUCCACUGACUUGCUCAAGCACAAGGUGGUUGUGGUGGUGCAGGACCAUGGGGAUCCACCCCUCUCCUCUACAGUGACAGUGGGCAUCCUGUUGGCUGACACCCUGCCUCAGGUGCUGCCGGACUUUGAUGACAGUGGGGAGCCACCACCACUGCUCAAUGCUACAAACAUCUACUUGAUAAUUUCUCUUGCCUGUGUCUCCUUCAUCUUUGCUGUGUUCCUCCUCUUUCUUGCUGUUGUGCGGCUAUGCCGCUGCCAGACUUGCUGCUGCAGUGACUGCUGCUGCCCAGCUGAUGAGUAUGAGAAUUAUUGCUAUAGUGUGCACAUGCUUCCCAGCUCCCACCUCCCACCAGACAUCCUGGAGGUCACUGGUGUGGGUAAACUGACCCAUACCUACUUGUACAGGGCAUCUGUAGGUCUUGGGCCUAGUAACAACAGCAUUCCAAAUGGUGAUGCUGGGAACAUUCCCAGCGGCUCAAGGUUACAAGUGCCAGGACCCUGCAUCCAAGUGCAGCAGGUCCAAAGUGAUCAGUUGAGUGCUGUCCUCGUG